AUGAUCCUAGCCAACCAAAGGAAAAGAAUUAUCAGAGAUUCGAAGCAGGAAGUUCCUGGAGCCGUUGUGCACUGGUGCAGUCAUCGGGGCGGUGCUGCUGCUGUUGGCGGGGCGGCUGUCCGGCCGGCAGAGUGCGGGCGGGUUCGGCGCCGCCUCCGAACUCCCCGACGGGCCUUUGUCCGGGAUCCCCGGACCCUCGACAACCGCAACCAGGUACCGGCGGCAUCGCCUGUCGGCACGUCGCCUCGCCAGUACCGCGGCCCAUCGACUGCUCGUUCAGGCUGUGUGCAUCACCCAUUCAGCCGGGUCACGUCCGCAGGCACCGCACGCGAGUUGGAGAAUCAGGGUCGCGAAGACGCCUGCGCGUUCCCCGCCAUUUGGACGUCCGCAUGA